UCGCGAAAGAGAAUACAGCAACCUGGCGGGCUCAAGUUGGUAAGGAGCCAAUGCAAGCGAAGGGGAGGCGUGUCUUCCCUCCUCUCUAAGACCUCCCCAAGUAGGUUGUUGCGUUUUGGCUCUAAAGCCCACGGAGCUCCGAGGAGUGUGGCAGUUUUCUAAGUCGGCGCCAUGGCGACAACAGCUCACUAUAUUCCACGGAAUAACACCUUGCCUUCCAACCCGCUCAUGCAUCCGGAUUCGGACAGGAUGCACCAGGGGACAACAUAUAGAGAGGUGCAGAAAAUGAUGCACCAUGAGUACCUGCAAGGGCUAGCGGCGACUAACACGGGACAUCCGAUGAGCCUGACGCACCAUCAGUGGCUCCCCACAUCCAACACCGACUGGACCAGCGGAACUCACAUCGGGCAGCCGGAACACAACAAAGCCAGUGUUCAGGCGAGCCGAGAUGACCAGGGUAACGGGUUUCACCACAGAUCGCACUUGGUGCACCAGCAAACACAGAACACCCACCACGCGUCAUGGGCACCGACCACGACGCACCACUUAUCCCCACUAUCUCCGGCUUCCAACGGUCACCAGUCACUGGUCUACUCGCAGACUGGCUACACGAAUCUCAACCCCUUGCUGAGCCCGCAGCCCGCCUCCCUGCACCACAUGCGGGACCCGCUCCACGACGACGCGGGUAGCCAUGACAACCAAAUGGAGUCCCCCCAGCAGCCGUUCAGCCAUCACCAGGACCAUUCCGACGAGGACGCACCCAGCUCGGACGACCUGGAGCAGUUCGCCAAACAGUUCAAGCAGCGCCGCAUCAAGCUGGGCUUCACGCAGGCGGACGUUGGCUUGGCGCUGGGUACUCUCUACGGAAACGUCUUUUCGCAGACCACUAUCUGCAGGUUCGAGGCACUUCAGCUCAGUUUCAAGAACAUGUGCAAACUUAAGCCACUGUUGAACAAGUGGCUUGAGGAAACAGACUCGAACACGGGCAGUCCAACCAAUUUGGACAAGAUCGCAGCACAGGGUAGGAAACGAAAGAAGAGGACCUCUAUCGAGGUCGGUGUGAAAGGAGCCCUGGAAAACCAUUUCUUAAAGUGCCCCAAGCCUUCUGCCCACGAAAUCACAUCUUUAGCCAGCACCCUUCAGUUGGAGAAAGAGGUUGUUCGUGUUUGGUUUUGCAACAGAAGACAAAAAGAGAAAAGAAUGACGCCAGUAGGGGUCCCUCAUCCCUCCAUGGAGGACGUAUAUUCACAAGCGGAGACCCCCCCUCUUCACCAUACACUACAGAGUCCAGUGCAGUGACUGUUUUCAUGAACAAUAUUAUAAUUUCAGAAAAGAAAAGAAAAUGAGAAAUGGACUAUGGAUUUUACAGUAUUUAAUUUUGUUUUAGUUUUCCAUUGAGAAAAAAAGACAAUGCGAGACAAGGUGGACAGAAAGAGUUUUGCCGUUCGCGACACGAGAUUGUGGCGCAACAACUGAGUGGACGGGAAUGUUUUUGAGCAUUGCAUAAAUAAUGGUCAUUUAGGCUACUUAAAUUUUGCGCGCAUUUUUAAUGAAACCAAGGUCUUAAUUUACCAAAAUUGAAAGGAGGACGGCAGUCAGGACAAAAACAUAACUGAUUCUAUCUCAUCGUUUGUUCACGGGAAAGCAUGUCACAAGUGGGGCUGCUUCUUUCUGGUGUCUUUGAAUGUGGACGGGCUCGCCAGUGCAUCUGUGGUGUACAUCAACAAAGGAGAUAGAAUGAACAGAAUUGCGCCUUUCUAGAUUAAAACUGAUUAACCAGACUUGAAAAUCGUUGUUUCUUAUCAGUAUAUCAAUUGUGAUGAUUUCGUUAUUUUUAACCCGUGUCCCCCAUGUAGGAUAUUGCAAAAUGUUUCUUUUUUGAAUAUCCAUGUAUUGCUGUAGUGUAACAACGCAACUCUUAUCCACCUCCUGCAACAGUAUAGUACUUGUCAUAGGUAAAAGACAGUUGUCAGAUUCUGACAAAAACAUUUCAGCUGCUGAUACAUCAAAAGGCAACACGGUCAUUUUUCCUCUUUUUUUUCGUCUGACAUGAUAGUUGGAGAUGGCAUCAGACGCUAAAAGGCAAAGAUGAAUAGUUUACUAUCACUCUUUCUUUGUGUUUACUUUUAGCUUUUUGCAUGGAGCACUUAUUUUUGAGUUAGCAUCGUUGUUUUUUUUGUUUUGUUUUUCAUUUUAGCUAUAGUAGCCUACAUUUCCCCUCCAGGCCCUCUCAGAAAAAAGAAAGAUUUGUUUACAGUUUCCAUAGCUAUCUCUUUGCGCUCGUGGCCAGCAAGGCUAAAUAUCACGCUUCUAAAAGUAAAUCCUUUCUGAAGAGAUUGGUCAGAGUCGAAAAGGAAAGAACUAUCUCAGGUAACUUCAGUGCCCUGCUCUAUAUCGAAAAACUUACAUUACAUAGCCUACUGUGUAAUAAGAUUCAUUGAUAAAGAGGUCUCGCUAAAUUCAUCAUGAGAAGGAGCCAUUAUUAUUUUAUGCCAUUAUGUGAUUUACGCUUACUCCCCAUUGAUAAAUAUAUGAGGAAUAUGCCUAUGGGAAGGUGAUGACAGCCUCUGAUAGCAAGUCUUUUAUCAUAUUUCCGUGUCUGGACGGAAGGGAAAAUUGAUGAAGUUGUGUGUUUUCCACUUGUCUUUUCGAGAUUCGUCAUCUUUGGAUGGACAAAUGGUGAAAAAUGCUUUGUCACCGGUGGACGUAGCUUACUAGCCUACGUUUUCAACAAACACAUCAACAACUACAAAGAUUCUAAAGAAAUAGAUGUCAGGAUUAUUUCGGAGAUGUAAAUAUGUCGAAUAUGUAAACAUAUGUAUUUGUUCUGAGUUUAUCGUUUUGUUUGUUUGUUUGUUUGUUUCUGGGCAGUUUUGUACACUUACUAAUUCCGAGAAGAUAUUUUAAUAUGAUUUCAUUUAUGAAUUUGACCAUUUAUAUAUCUAUAUAUUUAUUUCCUUAAUGUGUUUGGAGCUUGUUUUGUUUGGCUCUGUUAAUUAUGUUGCAGUGGAUUACAGAUGUUUUGUUUACUACAUUGGUUGUAUGUUGAUUGCAAAAUGUAGACUGCAAAGUCACAUUUAUAUUUAUGUUAUAGUAAUAUUUUAUUACUUACAUAAAACGUAUAUACUACAAGAAAAAGUCUUCUGUCUUCAC